AUGGCCUGCGCGCGGCGGGCGGGCGGUCGUCGCGGCGGCGGGAGGAACGGUUUAGGCGGGCGGGCGGCGGCGGCGGCGGGAGGAAGGGUUUUGUGGCCUUGGGGGAGGAACGAGGACUCCCCUCGUUCGAGCGAGUGGUGGGAGCCGACAGCCGAGCCCGAGUCUUGCCGUUUGGGUCAGGGUCUCUGGACACGGGCCCGAGGGGCUAGGGUUUUUCAUCCCAAACCAACAACCGUUUUGCCGCCGCACCAGUCACGCCGUUCCCUUGCCGCCGGCGAGGAUGGAGUCCAGCACCGAGAAGCUCCGUGGCCUCCGCAUCACCGGCCCCCGCCCGCCGAUGCCGCGGCGGAUUACGAGGACGACGACGAGGAGUACGAGGAAGAGGCGGAAGUGACGCUUGGUGUCCUGAAGAAGCAGAAGCGCCCAGGCCUCCUCCUCCGCCACCUGUUCCCCGGCAAGGCCGGCGGUACCCUGGCGUGGCUGGAUCUCAUAAACCUGCCGUCGGGGAAAUCCAACUGCUGUGGCUUCUGCGGCGAGCCUCUUCAGUUCGUCCUCCAGAUUUAUGCACCAAUCGAGGACAAUGCUGCAGCAUUUCACCGCACACUAUUCGUGUUCAUGUGCCCAUCAAUGUCGUGCUUUUUCCGAGAUCAGCAUGAACAGUGGAAGCACAAGCACGGGAAUCCAUGUAGAAGCGUGAAGGUUUUCCGGUGCCAGUUGCCACGGACUAAUGCCUUUUACUUGGCUGAACAUCCAAGGCUUAACGGCUCUGACAAGCCACUAUGUCAAGGAGCUCCUGUAUGUCACUGGUGUGGUACCUGGAAAGGCGAUAAAAUAUGUAGUAGCUGCAAGAAAGCAAGAUACUGUUCUGAGAAGCAUCAGGCAUAUUUCAAUUUGUAUCACCCAUUGAUUGGUCUUCCUGCUAGUACUUCUUGGCCAGAAUUUGAGAUAGAAAUUGACUAUGAAGGUAAUUUUGAUUCCGAUAGCUUCAAUGAAAAUGACUCUAAGUCCUUGGUGAUGCAAAGACAUGGCAAACCAGAUGCUAUGAUGCAGUCAUGGAUGGAUCAAUUUGAGGCUGAUGCUGACAACAAAUGCUGGGCGUCUUUCGAGAGCACCAGAGCAUGUGCUGAGAUAAUGCCACAAUUGCUUUAUUACUUCGGUGUGGGAAACAAACCAGACUCACUUGACUGGGCAACAAUUGUUGUGUACACAUGUCGAGGGUCAUGUGAUCAAAGGGUUAGCUACAAAGAGGAAUUUGCUUGGGUUCAGUUGUACCCUACAACAACCAUGAGGCCCUAAUAACAUUUACCUAUUCCUCACAGUAACCUCUGUCGUAUGCUGCAGAUUUGAAACUUCACCUGUUUUUCUGAUAUAUGCUAGCAGUCACCCUCAGUUUGUUGCUAUAAGUCCUCAGGUCUGCUUACAGGCUUAACAUGUGUGGCCAACUAAUAGGAAAAUGUUGACACAUUGAUAUUUUUAUUUUAUUUUUUAGGUGUCAUAAUUUUUGUAGAAACACAAACAAUUCAUUAAAUGUACGCACCAUUCGAAUUUGAUAUUAGGAUGUUCUAACUUCUAGGCAGUGAGAAGUGAGCCUCUUAAGGCUCAUUGUUGCACCUAUGCCCUGAUAAUCGGUGUAUCAACAAGCAACAGUUGCUGUAAAAUAGAGAUACUUUAAGUUCAUUGCUUUUGGUCAGAUGUGGAACUAUGUGUUCCAUCUGGUUACUGAAAUUCCACCUAUAAUCAUUUACGUCUGCUUGAAAUGACUUUUAGCUUUGCGAAAACAACUAAGUCAAAACGAAAGAUUGUACUUAGUUCUUAUGGAUAGAUCUAAGAGUCCUGAUUAUUUCUCUGUUCAUCUGACAUGCGGUUAAGUGAUCGCUUGUACAUUUGGUGUUGAGUUGGUGGGAUUUAUCUGUGGUAUUAGUGAAUGGUAGCAUAUCCAGUAAUAAUGCGAGUCUGGUAAAAAAAUGAAAUGAGGCUGAGAAGUUGCCGGAAAAUUCUAAAAAUAAAGAAUACCAGAUGUAGUGGAGUGCAUGUUCUACGUCUCAGCAAAAUUUGAAUAUCAAACUCAAUAGCAUUUUCGUCAUACAAAAUAUGAAGAUCAAACUCAGUAGCAUACUAGCAUCUGAUUUCUUCACUGUUCUAAAAAACUGUCCAUUUGUACCUCCGAAUGCUGCUGGGUUUUGUCUUCAAAUUUUGUACGAAUGUAGAACAAUCCAUACCUUACAUAAGAUGACCUUUUUUUAGAAUUUCUGAAAACUUUUGAGUUUGAUAUUCACGUGAAUUUUCAACAUAUUCAUAUUUUCGCCCGUUAUAGAUUUUUUAGGGAUAUUUUCCCCUGAUAUUUAGCCAUUAGUAAAUAGUUAAAUGUUGUGUACUGUGCUUCCAAGCGUACUCUUUAUGUUAGGUGACAGUCUUUAGCGUGAGCAAAAUUCACAUGCAGUACCAUGUUAGCCUACGGCCAUGCUUACCUGCAGUCUGAACGACAAAAGUGAAUGCCUUAUACUAACUUAUGUUAUGCUCUCCUGUAUUGCUAGGGAAUUGACGGGAAUCGUUGGCUUGCACUCUGACCUGAAAACUGGUGUCCCAAGCUUCUUAUUUUCGGUAUUGGAUAUUUUUAAAAUAGGCCGUGGCUUCAAUAUUUUCAGGUCAUUUGAUUGUGCGGUGUUGUUAAGCAGCAUUCGAUUAUGGUCCCAAUGCUUGGUGCUCGUCACAGUGGCUUUGGUCUAUUUAGUCGUUAGGGAACUUGAUGACAAAUGGUUCCAUUCCUUGUGGUCACUCUAGUAGUUCCACCCAUGACCGGUUCAAUACUUUAAUACGUCUCGUUGAGUAUCUAUAGUUUUCUUAAAAGAUCCUUAGUCUCACUCUGUUUUUUAUGUUAAACUGAAGGAAACCUUUUCCUUUUUUUUCCGGGUUCUCAAUAGUCUCACAAAGCUAUUCAUACAGAUAUAAUCUUUUCCGACAAUUCCUUUCUCAUCGGCUGAAAUUUUGAUGGUGUGGUUUUAUGGACCUUGGAUGGUUGUGCUAGUCAUCCGGUUGUUUUUGAUGAUUGACAUCAGAGACUUGGCUGCGGGCGCGUCUUGCUGAAAUUAUUCGCGCGUUGUAUGCCCGGACGCCCAGUAUCCGUGUGCGUUUUCGUUGAUUGGGCGAUGUCCUUGACAGCGUUGCCACAGCGUGUUUUAUUAGUCGUUUGGUUCACGGCCGCACGUCUUUCCUACGACGUCGACCGCUUGGUGGUAUGGCUGUGUUGCUUGCACGACCCAGCCGGCGCGCGCAUGGCCCGGUCAAGCUAGCUAGCCCAACAGCUGACGGUACAACAUGCCAAUGCCAAAGGCGCAACAGAAGCAGCCACUUUGGGUGUAUUUGGUUCUUCGUA